AUGCCUGUCCCUAGUCGAUGCGCGUACAUCGCCAUAGUGGUGGUUCUAUUCCUCUGUCUGAUCGCUCUCUUUCAGACUGGCACAGUAUCGACGCCUUCAUCAUUACAUCUCGAUGAUGUGACAGACUUCGUGUCAUCUCCAUUCUCAUCUUACAAGGAUGAGGCCCAAAACAACACCACACAACAGACGCCAUCACCAUCACCAUCAUCAACGUUAGCAGCUCCUUCAGUAACAUCCACCGCUGUUGUCUCGAGUGUGCCAAUCUCAUACGACAAGACUACACCGCCAUCAACAGGCUGUGAGGCUGUGGUCAAUGCUGCUCAACACCGUCUGAUAUCAGAGUACCAACAACUUCUCAAGGGCAUCCGCUAUGUCAACGUUUGGGGAUAUCUCGAAACCGAGAACAAAGGCGAUGCUGCCAUCUGGUCCGCACAGCAGAUACUCUUGAGCAUGAUGGGCAUCGAGACCAUGGAAGCCUGCCGCUUCAUGGACAGAGGCUGCAACAUGACCAAGUUCACCCAAGCACUCGACGACCACAAGCCUAACUCUGCCAUCAUCAUGGCUGGAGGUGGCAACUUCAACGACUAUUAUUGGGAGGACCAACCGUCGCGAAUGGAGAUGAUCAAGCAUUUCACCCAAGUGCCUAUCCGUGCUUUCCCUCAAAGCAUCCACAUGACCCACGACAACCGCAUCAACGAUACAAAGAAAGCGUUCCUAACGCAUCCCAACCUGCAGCUCGCCGCACGCGAUGCACCCAGCUACAAGUGGCUCGCAGACACCUUUGAGGGCGAGAAAGUCGUCCCACCAUCUACCGACCUCGCCAUCGCUGACGGCAUCGGCAAGGGCGAAGUCAAGACUGUGCUCACUCCUGAUAUCGCAUUCAUGUGGGGUGACCGCUCAGACUUCCGUAUCAACACACCCAAGGAGUACGACGUCCUAAUCCUCGCACGCGACGACAUGGAGAUCUCUGACGGAAACUCAAAAUCGAUUCCCUUCGGCAAGGGCAACCUCGACCUCGGCGGCAGCAUCGGCAAUGUCAGCUACUGGAAAUCGGGAAAGAACCAGCGCGCCUGGGCAAAAGCAACAGAAGGCUUCAGGAUGCUUGGAGCUGCAAACUUCGUCAUCACCGAUCGUUUGCAUGGACAUAUCCUGAGCACUCUGAUUGGCACACCGCAUGUUGUUAUGGACUCAAAAUUGGGCAAGAACAUCAACUACCAUGACACAUGGACGAAAGAUUGCGCUUGCACGAGAGUAGCAGACGACAUUGAUGAGGCACAAGAGUUUGCUAAGAUGUUCUUCGAGAAGGAAAAGUCGGAAGGAAGAUGGAAUGGUGAGCUCGUCCUUGGUGCAGAAUCACAGGACACUGACGCAUGA